CUAAUGUUUGGUAAAAUAUAACAAAUACAAAGUAAUUUUUGCAACAAAUUACUGAUACUGGCACACAGUCGGAUUGAAAUAAUGUUGAAGACACACGGAUCUACAAGUCCUGUUCAGGAUGAUAUGAAUGCCCAGAGGCUAAAUGAUCAUACACGGACCGUCCAUGGUGAAGUGAAGUAUAAUAAUAACAGAAGAACUGAAGCUCUUGGUAGACUAUUUGCACACGCCUUUUUCUGCUGGCGAAACUUCCAACUGAUAUCUGUGAUCUUUCUAAUAAUCCUAUUGUCUGCGAACCAACUAGUCUAUGCACUGCCUGCCAUACCUAGAGAUCUUACAAAGUCGCCCGACAACGUCCUGCAUGUCGUCACGGCAACUGGGAGACCGUUGCUGAAAAAAGAGGAUCUUCAGCCUCCAGAUCAUCUCGAUGCAGUGCGUAUGGAACAGGAUGGCCACCUCAAUCGUGACUACAGAAAAGAAGUAUUUUUAGGAAAUCAUGAAGCCUUUGAAGAUGGAACUGCUGAAGAAACAGUAAAAAAGUUAGAAGAUAUUGUCCAUAGAGUUGAUGUCGACAAGGAUGGGCUUAUUAGCUUGUCGGAAUUAGAGGAUUGGAUUAUUCAAAAAGUUCAGGAGCAUUUUGAUGAAUCUCUGGAGGAGAAUGCGCACGUGUUUAAGGCCUUAGAUCCAGAUAAUGAUGGGUUCAUUACUUGGAAAGAAUUCUUCAUCCAGUUCUUGAUGGCAAAGGGCUACAGUCGUCAGAAGGCUGAGCAGCACUCCGAAGAUUACGAGUCAGUUCGUAUGGAUGAAGCAGAAAAUGACCAGUUGAUUCGAUAUAAAUUCCGCUGGUCCGAGGCAGACGAGGAUCCACAAGAUAACCGGCUAACGAUAAACGAAUUCAAGAACUUCCGUCAUCCUGAGCAGAGCAAGACGAUGCUGAACCACAUGGUGAAAGAUAUAUUGAGUAACCUCGACCAAGAGGAACGAGAUGGCAUCCUGACCGAGUCCGAGUUUGUAGUAGUGCCCAUUGGUGACGUUGAGGUAGUCCAAUCUGAUUGGCUGCAGCAGGAACAACAAUGGAAGGACGAACGACAAAAGGAAUUCCGGGAGAUUAUUGAUACUGAUCGUAACGGGAGAGUGACAAGCGAAGAAUUACUCGCCUACGUUGAUCCGAAGAACCCGAAUCAUGCCAAACAGGAGGCCAAAAAUCUGAUCAAUCUCGCUGACACGGAUAAAGACCUACAUCUCUCACUCAAGGAGAUCUUAGAAAAUAAAGACUUGUUUAUUGGCAGUAAAAUGUGCAAUGCUGGUAAAAAUUUUCAUGACGAGUUUUGAGUAAGACAUUUUAAAGGGGUACGCUGUUCGUGACACUGGUGGUCGAGGAAAAUAGAAAUUGCAUUUUUCACAAUGCUGUAGUGCAGUUAUUAUGCAUACGAAUUUGCGGAAACUUGGUACCUAUAGUAUUUGUAUAUCUAUACAAUGAGAGUCAUGAAAGUACUAUCUAGUCUGUAUUCACGCAAUUUCAAAUUCGGUUACAAAUUCAAUUUUUUAUGAACUGCGUGAGCCUUUAAAAAGCAAUUUUUCUUGCACGCCGCCCUGAAGGUAGAGUUUUAUGCAUAAUAAAUUCAAAGUGGCUAUUCUUACGACUAGUCGUAACUUAGGAUUUAUGCGAUUUCAGAGAUUAAACUGAGGAUGUAGGGAGAUAAGACUAGUGUAAAGGAAGGGUUAGGGUUAGGGUUGGCGCUAGGAGUAAGUGCAAGGGUCAGGGUGAGCGUCAGGGUUAGGAUUAAGGCCUAAAAAGGUGAAAAUGAUCGUCGUAAGAAUAACAAGCACUUUGUAUGUAAAAUGCAUUAGGGAUCGUCGUAAGAAUAGCCGCGGCCUAAUAAAUUUCCUCUGCCCUGGCAUCAGCAGGAGGAACUGCUGCAUGUACAGACACUGGCAGUAGAACCUCUCUAUUAAGGACACCCUCGGGACUGACAAGUGCUGUCCUUAACCCUUAAAAGGCCAAGAUAAUAAUACGGCCGUCUCCCCCAAAUUAAUGAUGUAAUUUUCUCUAAGACAAUCAGUGAUUUUGACCUGAAAACACACCAAAAAGUUCUGCACCAUUGUGUAGCAAAUACACUGUGUAGUAGCGGUCCAACUCGCUGAGAUCUUCAGUUUGUGAUUGUGUCGCCGUAUAGUGUUAGAAUAUUAAACUAAACUGGGCAUGGUGAAAAUUCGAUGAUCGUCGAAGUUGGCGUCUUGGCCAAGAAUCGACGAUCGUCACAGUUUGUCCUUUAAAGGUUUAUAGAGAGGUGUCCUGAUUAGUGAGGUCAAGUUGAAUGGAAACAAACAAUUUGGGACCAAAACUAGUGUCCUUAAUAGAGAGGUUGUCCUUAGUAGAGAGGUGCCACAAAGGGAGGUUCCACUGUAUAUAAUAAUCACGUUUUACAACGUAUUAAACAGCCAUAUGAUUCAAAGGAUGAAAUGACACAGUAACCCACAUCUUUGUGAUUUCACUGAACAGAUUUCACUCUAAUAUUAGAUGGGCUACUGGGGAUGGAGAGGUUAGGGGAAGGACGUAGUCCGCAACAAGACCACCAUUGAAUAUUCAUAGGUUGGAGGUUCCAGACCUAUCGAUUAGACGCGAGUAUGUUUUUAACUGUCAAGUGCAUAUUUGGAGAGGUAUUGAAAAGAUGUUUGGUGUGGCAAGUCUACAGAUAUAAAGAUAUUAUUUCAUGAAAAAAUUGAUUUUGAAUUUUGCUAAUUUGGCAAUAGGGGACGCGUUUUGAGAUUUUUCUGCCAGUUGGCUGAAAAGAGUGGAAAUAUCAACGUCUGUCCAAUUUGUUGAUUAUCAAAAAAAUUCCGUGGUCAACUACCAGUUUACUUUUCACUUUUUACUUGCCCGACUGUCCGGAAUAUCAUAUCAAAAUUUCAGAUUCACAACCGCACGCAGUAUUUCAAUGAUGCGACGCGGUCAAACAUUGACAAUUUCGCUGCUAAAAGGCUUAAAAAAUCAAUGGUGGUCUUGUCUCGUCCCUCAGAUGCCAUUCGAAGUCGCCAUAUUGAAAUAUCCAUCCACAUAGUCACCUCAUGACAGUUGUGACCAGGUCGCGCAAGUGGUAGAGUGAAUCGGCCGAAAUAGUUCUCUUCAAAAUAAUCUUACAUUUCGAUAUUUGUGCGAUCUUUUCUCCAUUAUAUCAUUUUCAUAUUGUUCAAUAAGUUGAUAGAGAAUGUUUGCAGCUGAUUUUAUCGUUUGAAUAGCAUUUUUUCGAAAAAGUUUUUUGAAUCGAGGUCAAGAGAAAUAGUUUUUAGCGCCAGUGACGUCUCCAAUGGCAGAUUUAAACUGGAGUUAGAGUCGAUUCUCUUCGAGUAUUUGCGAGUGAACAGGUUUUUGUUAGCACUUGCUGGGCCAAAAAAGGUAAAAAUAUUUGCCACUUACUACAUGUACAUUUGUAUUGUAUGACGUCAUCCGCUAGAGUAGUCUAAUGCAUUAACCAUUGUACUAACCAGGUUAUUGCUCUCAGUAGAAUGUGAAUUUCCGCUUGUAGGAAAUUGUUUCUUUACACUAGGUAUUAUAAUUCUAGUCAGCAGACGGAGGGUUUUUUUUGACAAUACUCAUUAUCUUGCUUUGUAUAGAUUACCAAGAAUUAUUAAUGUUUUACUCAUUUAAAUCAGGAGCGGUUGCAGUUACUACUGGCCAUUGCUUAAUUCAAUUGUUAGAAUGUUUGUGUUCAUUUUCUGAUGCAACCAUUGCAGGAAGCAUGUUAAUACAUUAGGGGCCAUUGUCAGGGGAAAAUAACCUGUAAUCAUGACUUCCUCAUCAUCCUGGAGGAUGAGUUCUCCAAAUUGCCGCGCAUCUUAUCAGGCCUUCCAACUUACCGAGCAGACUGCCCCGGAUAGUGCUUCUUGAGGCCUGGGAGAAUGGCUUCCUCACAAGAAAAACAUCCAAAAUGUGCGCUCGUUGGUAAUCUUUUUAAAAUAAACUGUGUCCAUCUGGUAACAUGGACAAUAUGUCAUCAUAUGCACUAGAUUCUGAGGUAAACUGGCAGGUUACUCUGUGGUGCAGCAUGAAAUCAAUCCAAGCGGAAUUCACAAUUUGUUCACUUUCCAUAGGACAAACCAGCAGUGCAUUUUUCGGCAUUUUUGAUGCAAAUCAUGCUUGGAGAACCUUAUUACCAGUGAAAAACACAACGAUAUUUCAUUGAAAGACCCAACAACACAAUUAUUUUUGCCUUUCGGGACAUUUCCUAUUGAUGUGAAUGAGAUGUCACUUUUUCACAUCUUGUAUGUAAACAGCACUUUAAAUACAGUGCAUGUAUGUGUACAUGUAUGUAUCACCAAAAACAAAGAAUAAUGUGUACUUAAUAAUACGGUCUAACUCUAAGCAUUUUAAUAAAAAAAACAUUCUUGU